UGAAAGUUACGUUUUAUUUGGUAGACAAAACCAAAGACUUAAGUCCAGGACACAGCAUCUCAGCUAACCCUGAGACAGCUCUCAAGAGGUAAGGGGGGAGCCAGGAUAUACAGGAAGUUUUGUAACAGAGACUAGGUAGGUGGAACAUCUGGUGACUCAGCGGCAGUCCGCCCGCAAUGCAGGCGACCCAGAGGUCAGCGGGCCCUGAUAGGAAGGAUGUGGUGGGCCCGCUGACCUCUCCAUAGCCCGGGCUCCCUGACCCUCUCCCACCAGGGGUCUGGGUGAAGGGGCAAGGCUGGAGCCUGUGGCCCAGAGGGCAGAGUCGGGGCGCUUGGGCCACAGGCCCUCUUUCCGGCCGGGCGGGGCAGACGGAAGGCAAGUCUGCGCGGUGAAGAGCCCUCCCCGACAGCAGCGCCCUCCCUCCCCGGGCCGUGGGCUGGAGCCUAAGGGCGCAUAGCCCGAGGUUCGGCCCGAGGCUGGCUGGAGCCUUAAGGGCGCUAAGAACCGCCCCCCUCACCACCCACCAAGCAGGGCCGACUCUCUUUCAGAUGGGACUCCCACCGCCUAGAAGGGCACCUACGCUCGGGCCCCCGGGGGUGGGGGGGGCUCCCUGAGACGGCAGGAGCCCGGAGGCCGGCCGUGCGGCGUGCAGGGCCCCGCGCCAGCUCUCCGUCCGCAGCGCGCGCGCCCCCUUCCCCGGGGCCGCCAGGGCGAAGGCUCGGGCGGGACAAGCUCCCCCCGUGUCCCCAGCAGCGGGGGCAGCUCAAGGCCCGCGGCGGGGGGCGCGGGCUGGACCCCAGACGCCCCAGCUUGGCGAAGACUUCCGACUAACUCAGCUUCCCUCCGGGGGCCGCGGGACCCGGAUCGCGGCCGCCCUCGGGCGCCCGUCCCGCGGGAACAGGGUCGGUCAGCGCCGCCACGCCCGCCGACCACCCACACCCUGGACUCGCCCGCCGCGCCCACGCCCCCACACGUCAUCUUCCGAGGCCCGGGAGGCCAGGCCGCAGGCGCCGCCAUAUUACCUUACGGCCGCCGGCGAGAGGACCUCGCGCAGCCACGAAGCGCCUCGCCGAAGCCCCGCCCCGCCGGAACGUCACCGCGGCGCGCCGGGCGGGCGCCGCCAUAUUGGGGGGGUCCUCGCCGCGGGCGCGUAGGUGUCCUCAUAAGAUGCCGGCUCGGCGGCGCCCGGCUUUUUCCCCCCCAAGAUGGCGUCCAUGCGGGAGAGCGACACGGGCCUGUGGCUUCACAACAAGCUGGGGGCCACGGACGAGCUGUGGGCGCCGCCUAGCAUCGCGUCCCUACUCACGGCCGCGGUCAUCGACAACAUCCGCCUCUGCUUCCACGGCCUCUCGUCGGCCGUGAAGCUGAAGCUGCUGCUCGGGACGCUGCACCUCCCGCGCCGCACGGUGGACGAGAUGAAGGGCGCGCUCACGGAGAUCAUACAGCUCGCCACCCUGGACUCGGACCCCUGGGUGCUCAUGGUGGCCGACAUCCUCAAGUCCUUCCCCGACACCGGGUCCCUUAACCUGGAUUUGGAGGAGCAGAACCCUAACGUCCAAGAUAUCUUAGGAGAGCUCAGAGAGAAGGUGAGCGAGUGCGAGGCGUCCGCGAUGCUCCCGCUGGAGUGCCGGUACCUGAACAAGAAUGCCCUGACGACGCUCGCCGGCCCGCUCACCCCCCCGGUGAAGCACUUUCAGCUGAAAAGGAAGCCGAAGAGCGCCACGCUGAGGGCCGAGCUCCUCCAGAAGUCCACCGAGACAGCCCAGCAGCUCAAGAGGAGCGCAGGCGUGCCCUUCCACGCCAAAGGCCGGGGGCUGCUCCGCAAGAUGGACACCACGACCCCGCUCAAAGGCAUCCCGAAGCAGGCACCCUUCAGGAGCCCCACCGCCCCCAGCGUCUUCAGCCCCGCUGGGAACCGCACGCCCAUCCCGCCGUCCAGGACGCCCCUGCGGAAGGAGAGGGGCGUGAAGCUCCUGGACAUCUCCGAGCUGGAUGUGGUCGGGGCCGGCCGGGAGGCCAAGAGGCGCAGGAGGGCCCUGGACACGGAGGCGGUGGAGAAGCCCGCCAAGGAGGAGACGGUCGUGGAGAACGCCACCCCCGACUACGCGGCCGGCCUGGUGUCCACGCAGAAACUCGGGUCUCUGAACAGUGAACCCGCGCUGCCCUCCACGAGCUACCUGCCAGCGACGCCCAGUGUGGUCCCGGCCUCCUCCUACGUCCCCAACUCCGAGACGCCGCCAGCCCCAUCUUCGCGGGAUGCCAGCCUGCAGGCCAGCCGUCCCCCCGAGGAGCCUGGCGCCCCGAGCCCGGCGCUCCCGGCGCAGUUCAAGCAGCGGGCGCCCCUGUACAACAGCGGGCCCAGCCCCGCGGCGCCCCCGCCCACCGCACCCCCCUCGCCCCUGACGCCCACCACGCCCCCAGCCGCCACCCCUGCCGCCCAGACGCCUCCGGUGGCCAUGGUGGCCCCCCAGGCCCAGCAGCCCCCCGCCCAGCAGCAGCCCAAGAAGAACCUGUCGCUCACGAGGGAGCAGAUGUUCGCGGCGCAGGAGAUGUUCAAGACGGCCAACAAGGUCACGCGGCCCGAGAAGGCGCUCAUCCUGGGCUUCAUGGCCGGCUCCCGAGAGAACCCCUGCCAGGAGCAGGGCGACGUGAUCCAGAUCAAGCUGAGCGAGCAUACGGAGGACCUGCCCAAGUCGGACGGCCAGGGCAGCACCACCAUGCUGGUGGACACCGUCUUUGAGAUGAACUACGCCACCGGCCAGUGGACGCGCUUCAAGAAGUACAAGCCCAUGGCCAACGCGUCCUAGGCCCGCCGGGCGGCCCCGCCCACUUACGCUUCAGACCUGGUUUCUCUGGGGUGUCCUGGACUUGUUUUCUAAAUUUUAAUAUGGGUCCUUUUUGUGUGAUUUAAGACACUUUUGGAUUCAAUAUUGUUUUUGAAUGUUAAACUUAGCCAAAAAAAAGUUAUAAGUUCUUAAUCUUGGCAACAGCUCCGCCUGUUCGACUUGUACCUUUUCUUAGUUUUUCUUACAUCCCGCUGCCCUGGAGGGCUUCCCUGCCGGGGCAGCAUGGGCCCCACCCGCGCAGUUGAGGGACCAAAGGCGGCGCCGCGGUGGUUCAGAGCCGGGUGGGGCCGGCCCAGGACCCAGGGUGGGCCGGCUCACAGCCACAGGUUUUGUAUUUACCUUUUGUACAGUUGUGAGCAUUUAUGACCAGUCCUUGGGUACCUGUUUUCAUUGUAAAAAAACUACCUAAUUAAAGUGUAGCUUUUCUAAAGAAAAA